AUGCCCGGCGCAAUGGUGAACGGCACCGGAGCGGCCGUCGACGACGUGGUGCUGACGGGACUGUCGGGCCGCCUGCCCGAGUGCGACAACGUGGAUGAGUUCGCGCAGAAGCUAUUCGACGGUGUCGACCUCGUCACAGCAGACGACCGCCGCUGGACACCAGGUCUUCACGGGCUGCCCGAACGCAAUGGAAAACUUAAAGACCUGGCACACUUUGACGCGACGUUUUUCGGCGUUCACGCAAAACAGGCGCAUCUGAUGGAUCCACAGCUGCGACUGCUGCUGGAGCUCACGCACGAGGCCAUCGUGGACGCCGGCUACAACCCGACCGAGUUGCGCGGCUCGCGCACUGGCGUCUUCGUCGGCGUCUCCAACUCGGAGACCGAGGAGAUGUGGACCGCGGACCCCGACAAGAUCAACGGCUACGCGCUGACCGGGUGCUGCCGGGCCAUGUUCCCCAACCGCAUCUCGUACACGUUCGACUUGAAGGGGCCGUCGUACGCGGUAGACACGGCGUGCUCGAGCUCGAUGUUCGCGCUGGCGCAGGCGACGGCGGCGAUGCGUUCGGGCCAGUGUGACGCGGCCGUGGUGGCCGGUACCAAUCUGUGCCUGAAGCCGGCCAACUCGCUCAACUUCCACCGACUGAGCAUGCUGUCGCCGGAGGGGCGCUGCGCCGCGUUCGACGCGAGCGGGCGCGGCUACGUGCGCUCGGAGGCGGCCGUGGUGGUGCUGCUGCAGCGCCGCGGCGCCGCCCGCCGGCUGUACGCGUCCGUGCGCGGCGCGCGCAUGAACACGGAUGGCAGCAAGGAGCAGGGCAUCACGUUCCCGUCGGGCGCCGUGCAGCGUCAGCUCGCCGAGGAGACAUUCGCCGCGGCGCACCUGCGCCCGCAGGACGUCGCCUACGUCGAGGCGCACGGCACCGGCACCAAGGUCGGAGACCCGCAGGAAGUGAACGCUAUCGCAGAUUUCUUCUGCAAAGGUCGCAAAACACCGCUGCUUUUGGGUUCGGUCAAGUCCAAUAUGGGACACUCGGAGCCGGCGUCUGGACUGUGUUCCAUCGCGAAAGUGGUGGUGGCGAUGGAGCACGGCGUCAUCCCCGCUAACCUACACUACACAUCACCGAAUCCUGACAUUCCGGCACUCAGUGACGGAAGAAUUAAGGUGGUCGCCGAGAACACGCCGUGGGAGGGCGGGCUGGUGGCGGUGAACUCGUUCGGGUUCGGUGGCGCCAACGCGCACCAUCCGCACGACGCCGAUCUGCACUCGCUGUUGGACGCCGUGCACGCGCACAACAUCCCCGGACAUACCUUCCGCGGCUUCCGCCUGCUCACCGACGACCCGGAACCCGUCGAGGAGAUCAUGGAGGCGGACGGUGGCGAGGCGCGGCCCGUGUGGUUCGUGUUCUCGGGCAUGGGGUCGCAGUGGGCGGGCAUGGCGCGCGCGCUGCUGCGGCUACCGCAGUUCGCGCGCAGCGUAGCGCGCUCGGCCGCAGCGCUGCGCCCGCACGGGCUCGACCUGGUGCACCUGCUCUCCGACGCGCCCGACUCGGCCUUUGACGACGUAGUCGCCUCCUUCGUGUCCAUCGCCGCCGUGCAGGUGGCGCUCGUGGAUGUGCUGCGCGAGCUGGGCGUGCGCCCCGACGGCAUCGUCGGACACUCCGUCGGCGAGAUCGGGUGCGCGUACGCGGACGAGACGCUUACGGCGGAGCAGGCAGUGCUGGCAGCGUACUGGCGCGGGCGCAGCAUCGUGGACGCCGCGCUGCCGCCGGGCGCCAUGGCGGCCGUGGGGCUUGGCUGGGACGCGGCUGCCGCGCGCUGUCCGCCCGACGUCGUGCCCGCCUGCCACAACGCGCCCGACAGCGUCACGGUGUCAGGUCCGGUGGAGUCUGUAGAGAAGUUCGUGGCGGAGUUGAGCGCGGAGGGCAUCUUCGCGCGGCGCGUCAACAGCUCGGGCGUGGCGUUCCACAGCAAGUACAUCGCGGCCGCCGCGCCGCUGCUGCGCCGCAGCCUCGAGCGCGUCAUCCCGCACCCCAAGCCGCGCUCGCAGCGCUGGAUAUCCUCCUCGUUGCCCAAGGACCAGUGGGAUUCCGACAUCGCGGCGCUGAGCUCCGUGGAGUACCACGUGAACAACCUGCUGUCGCCGGUGCGGUUUGCGGAGGCGCUGCAGUCGGUGCCGGCGCGCGCGCUGCUGCUGGAGCUGGCGCCGCACGCGCUGCUGCAGGCCGUGCUGCGGCGCGCGCUGCCGGCGCCGGGCGCGGCGCACGUGGCGCUGCUGCGGCGCGACGCGCGCGACCCGUUGCGCCACCUAUUGGCGGCGCUGGGCCGCGCGUAUUGCGGCGGAGCGCAGCCGCGGCUCGGCGUGCUGUACCCGGCGCCGCGCUGGCCCGUGGCGCGCGGCACGCCACGCCUGGCGGCGCACGUGCUGUGGGACCACUCGCAGGAGUGGAGCGUGGCGCACUUCGGCGGCGCCGCGCGCUCUGGCGAGUGCGUGCUCGAGUGCGACCUGGCGCGCCCCGAGGACGCGUUCGUGGCCGGCCACAACAUCGACGGCCGCGUGCUCUUUCCCGCCACCGGAUACCUGACGCUCGUGUGGAAAACAAUGGCUAAAAUUAAUAAUCGCAAAUUAGAAGAAACCCCAAUUUUACUCGAAAACGUCCAAUUUAAGCGUGCCACAAUCGUAUCUCGCGACGCUCCCGUACGCUUCCUCAUCAACAUUCUGGACGGCAGCGGGCAGUUCGACGUGUGCGAAGGCGGCGCCGUCGUCGUGACGGGCAACGUGCGCCUGGUCGAGGAGCCCGCCGCCGAGCGCCUGGCGCUACCCGAACACGUCGCCGAUGCGGAGCCGGACCAGCUGCCGCUCGUCACCGACGACAUAUAUAAGGAGCUGCGACUCCGCGGGUACAACUACGGCGGCGUGUUCCGCGGCAUCCGCACGUCGGACGCGCGCGGUACCGCCGGCACGCUCGCCUGGGACGGCAACUGGAUCUCGUUCAUGGACACCAUGCUGCAGUUCGGCAUCAUCGGCGUGGACACGCGCGAGCUGUACCUGCCCACGCGGCUGCAGCGCGCGCUCAUCGACCCUGCGGCGCAGCCGGCGCCCGACGCCGCGGCGGCGGUGCCGGUGCGGAUGCUGCGCGACAUCGACGUGAUCUCGGCGGGCGGCGUGGAGCUGCGCGGCGUCAAGACCAGCCUCGCGCCGCGCCGCGCCAACCCGCAGCCCGCGCCCAAGCUGGAGAAGCACGUGUUCGUGCCGUACGAGGCGGAAGCGGGCGUGGAGGACAAGGACGCAACGCGGUCGCGGCGUGACGCGCUCACUGCGUGCCUGCAGCUGGUGCUGGAGAACGCGGGCGUGCUGCGGCUGCGCGGCGUGGAGGCGGCGCUGGGCCGGCCGGCCGACGCGCUGCUGCUGCCGCAUGUGCUGCCGCUGCUGCAGGCCGAGCCGCAGGCGCGCCUCGACGCUAGCCUGGCCGCCGGCUCGCAACACGCGCUUUACACCGCCGCCAUGGAGCCCUUGGCCGUUAAAGUGACGAAUAAGGACGCGGCAAGCACACCGCCGGACAGCGAGUGUCACCUGGUGAUGGCCGCGGACGCGCUGGCUUUAGGCGCGCCCGUGCUGACGCAGCUGGCGGAGGCGCUGGCGCCCAGCGGCAUGCUGCUGCUAGAAGAGCCACGCGCCGCACUCGACACACCUGCCGCUGCCGGCGCACUCGCCACAGCUGGCUUGGAACUCGUAGCCUGCCAGCGCGCCGCCCUCCGCGACUACCUCCUGCUGCACCGCCGCCCCACCGUGCCCGACACGCACGUGGUGGUCGAGGUCGACGAGGACUCGUCGUACAGCUGGCUGGAGCCGCUGCGGGAGGCGCUAGCGAGCGCCGAGAGCGAGGACAUGCGCGUGUACGCGUGGUCGCGUGCGCCCACCGCUGGGCUGCUGGGACUGGGCACGUGCCUGCGCGCCGAGCCGGGUGGCCGCGCGCUACGCCUGUACUUCCUGCCCGGCGCGAGCGAACCCUUCGCCCCACACGCGCCCGCCUACGCGCGCCAGGUGCGCAAGGACCUGGCCUUCAACGUACUGCGCGCCGGCGUCUGGGGCUCCUACAGGCACCUGUUGUUGCCCGACUCCGCCGACAUGCAGCUGCAGGUGGAGCACGCGUACGUGAACACACUGACGCGUGGCGACCUGUCCUCGCUGCGCUGGAUCGAGAGCCCGCUGCGGCUGGCCGCCGCCAGCCCGGCGCCGGGCCGCACGCUGUGCCGCGUGCACUACGCGCCGCUCAACUUCCGCGACAUCAUGCUGGCCACCGGAAAGCUGCCGCCCGACGCGCUGCCCGGCAACCUCGCGGGACAGGUACGUCACGCUGUGCCGCGUACACUACGCGCCGCUCAACUUCCGCGACAUCAUGCUGGCCACCGGAAAGCUGCCGUCCGACGCGCUGCCCGGCAACCUCGCGGGACAGGUACGUCACGCUGUGCCGCGUACACUACGCGCCGCUCAACUUCCGCGACAUCAUGCUGGCCACCGGAAAGCUGCCGCCCGACGCGCUGCCCGGCAACCUCGCGGGACCGUUACGUCACGCUGUGCCGCGUACACUACGCGCCGCUCAACUUCCGCGACAUCAUGCUGGCCACCGGAAAGCUGCCGCCCGACGCGCUGCCCGGCAACCUCGCGGGACAGGUACGUCACGCUGUGCCGCGUACACUACGCGCCGCUCAACUUCCGCGACAUCAUGCUGGCCACCGGAAAGCUGCCGCCCGACGCGCUGCCCGGCAACCUCGCGGGACCGGUACGUCACGCUGUGCCGCGUACACUACGCGCCGCUCAACUUCCGCGACAUCAUGCUGGCCACCGGAAAGCUGCCGCCCGACGCGCUGCCCGGCAACCUCGCGGGACAGGUACGUCACGCUGUGCCGCGUACACUACGCGCCGCUCAACUUCCGCGACAUCAUGCUGGCCACCGGAAAGCUGCCGUCCGACGCGCUGCCCGGCAACCUCGCGGGACAGGUACGUCACGCUGUGCCGCGUACACUACGCGCCGCUCAACUUCCGCGACAUCAUGCUGGCCACCGGAAAGCUGCCGCCCGACGCGCUGCCCGGCAACCUCGCGGGACAGGUACGUCAUGCUGUGCCGCGUGCACUACGCGCCGCUCAACUUCCGCGACAUCAUGCUGGCCACCGGAAAGCUGCCGCCCGAUGCGCUGCCCGGUAACCUCGCGGGACAGGUACGUCACGCUGUGUCGCGUGCACUACGCGUCGCUCAACUUCCGCGACAUCAUGCUGGCCACCGGCAAGCUGCCGCCCGAUGCGCUGCCCGGUAACCUCGCGGGACAGGAGUGCAUUCUGGGGCUGGAGUUCAGCGGCGUGUCGGCUGGCGGCAAGCGCGUGAUGGGCAUGGUGGCGGCGCGCGGGCUGGCCACGUCGGUACUGGUUGACGACGACUUCCUGUGGGAGAUACCGGCGCACUGGUCUCUGGAACAGGCGGCCACCGUGCCCGUAGCGUACGCUACCGCGUACUACGCGCUGAUCGUGCGCGGCCGCAUGCGGCGCGGCGACGCCGUGCUGGUACACGCGGGCUCGGGCGGCGUGGGGCAAGCCGCCAUCGCGCUGGCGCUGCACCACGGUUGCCACGUGUUCACCACCGUGGGCUCGCCCGAGAAGCGUGCUUUCCUACGCGAGCGCUUCCCGCAGCUGCUCGACGAGAACAUCGGCAACUCGCGCGACACGUCCUUCGAGCAGCUGGUGCUGCGGCGCACGCGCGGCCGCGGCGUCGACCUGGUGCUCAACUCGCUGGCCGCCGACAAGCUGCUCGCCUCCGUGCGCUGCCUCGCCAACGGCGGACGCUUCCUCGAGAUCGGCAAGCUCGACCUCUCCAACAACACUCCUUUGGGCAUGGCGAUAUUCUUGAAGAACACGACAUUCCACGGCAUCUUGCUGGACGCGCUCUUCGAUGCGAACGCGGAAGCGGAAGCGGGUGCGGAGAGCGAGCGCGCGGCCGUGGUGCGCUGCGUAGCGGAGGGGUUGGCCAGCGGCGCCGUGCGCCCACUGCCCAGCACCGUCUUCUCCGACCAACAGCUCGAGCAGGCCUUCCGGUACAUGGCCACGGGCAAGCACAUCGGCAAGGUGCUGCUGCGCUUACGCGACGAGGAGUCCGGCCCCGCCCCCAAGCUGGUGUCUGCCGUGCCGCGCACCUACUUCCAUCCUGAAAAAUGCUACGUGCUCAUCGGCGGGCUGGGCGGGUUCGGAUUGGAGCUGGCGGAGUGGUUGGUGGUGCGCGGUGCCACUUGCCUGCUGUUCAAUUCGCGCAGCGGUGUGCGCACCGGCUACCAGGCCUGGUGCAUCCGCCGGUGGCGAGCGCGCGGAGUGCGCGUGGCGCUGAGCGGCGCGGACGCGUGCACUGCCGCGGGCGCGCGCGCUCUGCUGCGGCAGGCGGCGGCGCUGGCGCCUGUGGCCGGCCUGUUCCAGCUGGCCGCCGUGCUACGCGACGCCUUCCUCGCCAGCCAGACGCACGAUGACUUCCGCGCCGUCGCCCGCCCCAAGAUUGACGCCACGAAGGCUUUGGAUUUGGCCACACGCGAAUUGUGUCCGGAACUCGAAUACUUCGUGGUGUUCUCUUCGGUGUCAUGCGGACGCGGUAACCCGGGACAGAGCAAUUACGGAUUGGCCAAUUCUGCCAUGGAGCGGAUUGUGGAGCAACGCCAGGCUGACGGUUUGCCCGGCCUAGCCGUGCAGUGGGGAGCGAUCGGCGAAGUGGGGCUGAUCGUGGAGACGAUGGGCGGCGACGAGACCGAGGUGGGCGGCACGGUACCGCAGCGCGUGGCGUCGUGCAUGGCGGCGCUGGGCUCGCUGCUGGCGCGUCCUCACGCCGUGACCGCGUCCAUGGUGCUUGCCGACAAGCGCCGCGCCGCCGCCGCGCCCAAGCACGACCUGCUGCACGCCGUCGCCAACAUCCUGGGUAUCAAGGAUCCGAGUAAAGUGUCAGAAACCGCCAAUUUGGCCGAGCUGGGUAUGGACUCGCUGAUGGGCGCCGAGAUCAAGCAGACACUGGAGCGCGGUUACGACGUGGUGCUGGGUGUGCAGGAGAUUCGAGCGCUGACGUUCGCGAAGUUGCGCACGCUAGCCGGCGGCGAGCCGGAGUCCGCGCCGGCGGCCGCGCCCAGCUCCGCGCCCGCGCCCGCCCCGCCUAACGAGACGAAACAGCCGCAACCGCUGCCCGCCAGCGACGAGGUGCAGUUCGCUGGCCUGAGCGAGCUCAUGCCCAAGCAAGUGCUAGUGACAAUGCCCAGCGCUGCACCCGAUGAUCCCAACAUUAAUCCUGUCUUCAUGGUGCACCCGAUCGAGGGCGUGGUAGAGCGGCUGCGCGGCGUGGCGUGCGGCGUGCGCGCGCCGGUGCGCGGCUUGCAGUGCACGGCCGCCGCGCCGCUGCAGGACAUGCGCGCGUUGGCGCAGCACUACGUGGCGCACGUGCGCGCGCACCAGCCGCGCCCGCCCUACACGCUGCUCGGCUACUCCUUCGGCGCCAGCGUCGCCUUCGAGAUGGCGCUGCAGCUCGAGCAGGCGGGGCUGGGCGUGCGGCUGGUGCUGGUGGACGGCUCACCGGACUAUGUGGCCACGCACACGUCGCGCGGCACGGCCAAGCGCCAGGCGCGCUCGCAGGCCACCGACGAGGCCGACGCGCUCGCCUACUUCGCGCAGCUCUUCAAGGACGUCGACGUCACCAAGGUGGCGGCGGAGCUGGAGGCGCGGGGCGGCGGGGAAGAGCGCGUGCGGCGCGUGACGGCGCGGCUGGGCGGCGCCACGCCGCACGCGGCGCAGGCGCUGGCCGCAGCCGCCGGCUCGUUCUACCGCAAGCUGGUGGCCGGCGACGCCUACCGGCCCGCGCGUCGCCUGGCCGCGCCCGUCACGUUGUUCACCGCGCGCGAUAACUACGUGGCGCUGCCCGCCGACUACGGGCUGGCCGAGCGCUGUGCCGGCCCGCUCGCCACGCGCCAACUGCCCGGCGACCACCGCACCAUCCUGACGGGCGCUUCGGCGCGCGCCAUCGCCGCCCACCUGUCGGAGCUGCAGCAGCAGGAGCCGCAGCAGCAGCAGCCGCAGCAGGCGCGCCACUAG